ACACAAUCCUCUUCAACAAGAUCCAUGAUUAAGCAUUUCAGCGAAUCAUACAUGUCCGGAUUCAAUUAUCUCUCUUAUCCUCAACAUUCUUCCACAUUAGCAGCAAUCAGGCAGCACCUUCUCGGCAACGAAAUGACCGACCAGCUGCCUCCAUCUUCUCCAGCAACACUUUCCGACGACAUCUCAUUGCACGGCCAGAGCUCAAUGUAUGACAGUCAUUGCAUCAGCGAACUAGUAGUUCCUGAUGUUUCCACCAUUAAUAACAAUAUCAGUGCAGAUGCUGCAGUGGCGCUUGAGGGUAACGCACCUCCAGUUGAGCGGUGCUACCGGGGUGUUAGGAGGCGGCCUUGGGGGAAAUACGCAGCAGAGAUCAGAGAUCCGGCUAAAAACGGCGCUAGGGUUUGGCUCGGAACUUUUGAUACAGCUGAGGAUGCAGCUAUUGCUUAUGACAGAGCAGCUUAUGAGAUGCGUGGAGCUAAAGCCAAGCUUAAUUUUCCUCUCCUUGUGGGCUCCAACGUGUGGGAUUUCGGUUCGACCGAGCCGGAAGCGGGGCAUGGCCGGCGGCGGUGAGGAGUAUUCUUCAAAGCUUAAGCGGAUAAGGAAGAGUGAGGCC